AUGGUUGCUGUUCUCGUCGGUGUAGCGACAUUUUACAAGGGAACGACCAGCCUUUUAAGUAGAACUCCUAAAGAACGUAACGGUCCAUCGAGGGAUCUUGUUGCCGAUUUGACACUUGGAAUGCACAAAGGUGGCGCCACAGGUACAUGCCAAUUACAGAAAGCCACUGCAACUUACAUGGUAGAGGAUUUUUAUGACAAAGUUAGGUUUACUAAAGACCCGAGGAAUGGUUUAUACAUUAUCAAUGAAACAGAACGUGUCUUUGCUGACCCUCUGUCUAAGAAAAUCAUGAAUCAGUCAGAACCAUUGACUGUCAUUGUUGUCCCUCAUUCUCACAACGACCCUGGCUGGCUUUGGACGUUAAAGACUUACUAUGAUGUCAGGACAAAGCAUAUUUUAUCCAACACUGUCAAAUUUCUCACAGCAACACCUGAUUUCCGGAUGAUCUGGUCGGAGACUAUAUUUUUACAAAUGUGGUGGCAAGAAGCUACUCAGCAAGAAAGAUCCCAACUAAAGGCACUUCUGAAAAAUGGUCAACUGGAAAUACUGUCCGGGGGCUGGGUGUCCGUCGACGAAGCGACCACUCACUAUACAGCUGUUCUUGACCAAUUAAUCGAAGGUCAUCUGUGGAUUAAGGACAAUCUUGGAGUGGUCGUUAAUACGAGCUGGUCCAUUGAUCCGUUCGGUUAUUCUUUAACACUACCAUACCUGUGGAAGAAGUCCGGGAUGUCCAACAUGGCUAUACUACGUAUACACGGUGCUGUUAAAUCCUAUAUGGGAAAUCGGCAACUUCUCACGUACAAUUGGCGACAGCCAUGGGACCUCCACGGAAUACAUGAUAUAACGUGUCACGUGGAACCUUACACUUUGUAUAACAUUGAGUAUAGCUGUGGUCCAAAUAUGAAUCUUUGUAAGCGGAUGGAUUUUGCUCGGGAACCAGAUUUCCCACCAGAAAGCAACCAGAAAUUUGGUUACCAGCGUGGAAAUGGAGGACAAACCUUUGAACAGCUAGCUAAAUUAAUUGUCGAGCAGUAUCGACUUAAGGCCACUCAAUAUAGCCACAAUGUCAUUUUGAUGCCACACGGGGACGACUUCCGUUACAUCAGUGAUUACGAAUGGGAACGACAGUAUACGAAUAUGAAGCGUCUCAUCAUGUUUGUUAAUUCUAAAAAGGAAUGGAACCAUGGUCACGUAUAUGUAGGACUUCCUGAAGUUCUUGGAGCUCUUCAGAAUGCCCGGCGAACGCAUGGGCUCGUUCAGCACCAUGAUGCCAUAACAGGGACAUCCGCUCACCCAACGGUGUUAGAUUUCGAGAAAAGAGUGUUCGAUGCCAUUUCUAAGUUACAGCAGGUUUUGGGCAAGAGUCUGCAGCAGCUUCUAACCACGUCAACCCUAGGAUCACCCAUAGAACCUCUUUAUAUUCAGUCUUCUCCAGAUGCGAUGCUCAACCCCAAAGUUUUACAGCUCAGAGAGAGCGGAUCUAACCUCAUCUUCAUCAAUGCCUACACACAAAGACGGAAUGAAAUACAGAGCAUUCUUGUCAAUGUUCCGGAUGUGAACAUUUUUGACGAAACUGGUAAAUCUAUCUCGGUUCAGAUUAAUCCAUACAUUGCUGACAAUACCAUGGGCUCAGUAACAGUACUUAAGUCGUAUCGAGUAUAUUUUGAGCUUUCUAUCGCUCCUUUGUCCUGCGUAACGUACACUGUUAAAAAAUCUAAAUCGCCUUCAAUCAUAAUGCCUACGAUUUCCAUGUAUAACGGGAAACUUAAGCUGCCAGAACCUUCACUUUUUGAUGUUCGAGAACACCAAGGAAAUGCAAGUAGAUUGCUGAAGAUCGAGACUCCACAUCUGGUCACAGAAGUUUCUUCCGUCACCGGAGCGCUUCAGCGAGUGUGUGACAAAGUCUCGUGUGCCGUCCUCAACCUGGACUGGGUCACCUACCAGACCGGGAACAGUAACGCGUAUACCUUUGGCACUUCCAUAAAAGGAAUAGAAAGCCUUUUGGGAACAGCGCGUCCGGUAGUAGUGGUUUCUGGUAAAAUGGUUACUCAGGUGAGGAUAAUUCAUGCUCACUUCCACCACGUUGUUACACUGUAUCAUACGGAAGGUAUUCAGGGUAGGUCUGUAUACAUCGAUAAUAUAGCUACCCUCAAUCCCGAUACUAAUCCAGACGUGGAGUUGAUGAUGAGAUUCAAGACCGAUAUCGUUAAUGAAUAUGGUCGAUAUUUCACAGAUUCCAAUGGAUUCCAACUAGUCAGCAGACGUUAUAGAAGUGAACUUCCUGUUGGGGCAAAUUUCUACCCAAUCACAUCCAUGGCGGUACUUGAGGACAAGUCGCGCCGACUGACUAUACACGUGGCCCAGCCUCACGGCGUCGCAAGUCUGAGAGAUGGGCAACUCGAUAUCAUGAUGGAACGCAUACCUAUGAGUAAAGGAAAGGGUCUGGAAGAAGCAGUUGUGGAUCAGAAACCUGCUCCAAGUAAAAUGGUGUUGUCACUGGAUCACGUUUCUUCCUCGAGGCCUUCACAGAGUGAUAACAAAGACUUCGUGGAGUUUCCUUCUCUAACUGCACAUUUGAUAAACGAUCACCUUCAGACUCCCAUUCAGACUUUCACAGUAGCCCAGGUACAGUCCUCAAUUAUUCCUUCUAUCACCAUGUUACGUCAUACAUUACCGCCUGACGUCAUCUUCUCCAACGUGAAAACGCUAAUGACGGAUGGACUAGGCUUCUCUGGAACAGGUGUGACACUUCACAAAAGACGAAAUUCGUGUGUAUUCGCAAACAAUGACGUCAGUAAGGCACCGAUUGACCUUAAAGCCAUAUUUAAUGACAUUGAAGUCGACCAGCUAGAUAAAAUGACGUUAACACAUGUACAUUUAGAAAAACAGAUGACUGGUCAACAAAAUAUUCACCUCGAGUCCGGUGAAAUGGACUCAUAUUACAUCAGAUGGAAAUGA